CCCCCCCCCCGCCUUUGCUGGAAUGCCGUCCCGGCCCGUUUGAUUGGCUGAGGAGCGCCGGAGUCAGCUUUCACUGGCGUUUGCAACGAUGCAAACUUUCGCCUGCUCGCCGGAGCGGAGCCUUUGGGGAAGGGGCUGCCCGGCCGGGUUCCUUCCUCUAGCGAUGCCGCUUGCCUGACCAUGCCGGGCAGGGCAGCAGGGAAGGCCGAAGCCCCCACCUCUCCCCUGGAGGCUGCCCCCCUUUCCAAGACUCCUCCAAGCGCCUCUGGGGCUUUCCUCGCCUCUCUUCCCCUGGCAUGCCCGGUUGGAUUACUAUGUCCCAGUACUCCAUGAAUUUCCUCCUGCUUCCCAUCCCGGAAUACCCGCUCCUGGAGUGCGCGCCCAACAAAAUCAUCAAGCUGGUGGUCCUGGGGGGAAGCGGCGUGGGAAAGACCGCCCUUGUUGUGCGGUUUCUCACCAAGAGGUUCAUCGGAGACUACGAAGCCAACACGGGUGCUUUAUACUCCAGAAAAUUCACCAUUGAUGGAGAACAGAUUUCCUUGCAAGUCCAGGACACCCCAUUUGUUUCUCUGGAGGAUGAGAACGACACCAUCUGUUGCCAGGAGCAGAUAAACCGGUCCAUUUAUUGGGCUGACGGCUUCGUCUUCGUCUACUCCAUCACGGACUAUGAAAGCUACCGCGUCAUCCGCCCGUUGCACCAGCACAUCCGGAAGAUUCACCCCAACGCCAACAUCCCUUUGCUGCUGAUGGCCAACAAAGGCGACCUGCUCCGAGCCAGGCAGGUGUCCACAAAGGAAGGCCACCAACUGGCCAACGAGCUGGGCUGCCCAUACUCGGAGGUCUCCGCGCGGGAGAACUGCGAAGGGGUCCACGAGGCCUUUCAGCAGCUGUGCCAGGAGCUGAGUCGGAUCAUUGGGAAUUGCAACGGGGAGAAACGGAGGGGCCUCCAUCUCGUCCGGCCCAAAUCCCCCAACAUGCAAGAACUGAAAAGGAGGCUGAAGCAAGCCUUAUCUUCGAAAGGCAAAACUGCCACCAUGCUCUGAGGGAUUUCGGAGUGACCGUUUGGGCUGGGCCACAGCAGGCCGAGAAAAGCGAUGUGGGCCGGUUGACGGUCAGCUUGCCAGCUGUUUUGGGGUGGUGGUGAAAGAAUCCCUUUCCAGAAAUGAGACUGGGAUGGCUGGGGAUUUGGGGAUUUAAGCCCUUUCACUAGACCAGGGGUCUCCAAACUUGGCAACUUUGAGACUUGUGGACGUCAACUCUCAGAAUUCCCCAGCCAGCAUGGAAUUCUGGGAGUUGAAGUCCACAAAUCUUAAAGUUGCCAGGUUUGGAGACUCCUGCACUAGAUGAUGACCGAGAGGGCCAAAAGAAACGGGGUGCCUUCAUUCUCAGGAUUAAUUUCAGCUUCUUCACCUGUACCGGACAAACAGGUGAAUGAAUACCUGUAUCUGUCCCCUCCAAUUUGGCUUCAGUCAUCAUCUUGGUUCUUUCCCCAUAUGUCAGACAACUGUCUUCUCUAAUGUUCAGGUGCCAAAUGUAUGUUCAUGUAUGGCCCUUAAAGGAAAAAAAUAACCACCCAUGUAAAUGUCUAAUCAUGGUUAUGGAACUGGCCAGAUAAGAGGAGAGAUGGUUGGUGGUCUCUCCAUUGGACAAUCAGCUCCUGCUGCAGAAGAAACUUCUGACUUCCUCUUUCACCAUAUCAACAACCAGCACAACUUUUUAAGAGUAGAAGAGAAAAACGUCCGUCCUUCCUUCUCCUUCCUUCCUUCCUUCCCUCCCUCCCUCUCCUUCCUUCCUUCCCUAUUCUCCCUCCCUCCUU